AUGGGGGUGUUGGUGUACGGGUGUUCUAAUUUGGGGUGCUAUUACUGGCACUCGGAGUACUCGAACUCCGGGUCCAUAUGGUCUGUUCUGGAGUCCCUGAUUGGGGAUUGCGAAUGGUUCGAGUUGAACACGUUUAGAGCCUUGAAGUUUGGGAUCAACGGCGACGACAAGUCUUUGGGCCCAAUCAGUUUCUUGAACAUCGGGUUUUGGUCCGUUUUGAAGUUGGAUGCCUUGGUCUGUAGCUCGUUGAGCCACUUUUCGUUAUCUUUAUUCAGAUUCUCGAUGAAUGCUUUUCCGCGGUUCAACAGGUCGUUGGUCUGGAUGUUGUUACUGAGAUUGUUGGUGAAGGUAUUGAUUGUCUUGCUGAACUGGGCAAUUGGUUCCUGGGCGGCCAAUUUGUCUGGUCUGGCGGCAAAGUUCAUGAUGGACUGUUUUUUGGCCGGUUUCUUUGGGGCUCGAUUUUGCUGUCUCUGGGUGAGUUUGCGACAUCUCGAUUCCAGAUCUCUGAUGUCUGCGUCCACCUUGAGCAGCUCUUCUUUCAGCUCGAGCGAUCUUCGCUGUUUGGCAGCCAAUUGGAACAUCACCUCGUUCAGCUCCGUUUGUUUCUCUGUCUCGUCCAACAGCUCUUCGUUCUCCUCGAUCGGAAUAGUCAGUAUGACGUAUCUGGAGUAUUUGACACAGCUACGUGGAGCUGUCUACGCACAUAACUCGGUCCAUGUUGCUUCGGCGUUCUCGUUCUUGCUCAAACCCGAAAUCCUCCAAAAAAAAGCAGAUUAUUACACCUUCUUGCUGUCGCUUCCCCCGGAAAACAUGCUCUCGAUGCCCGGGUCCGAUCAACAGGACCAAUUGGAUCACUGGAGCGACCUGGUGCGCGCGUACGUGCUGGUGAUCAAGUCUUUUUUGGUGGAUUCGGACCUGGAAUCCGCCAUCGAACAGUCAAUCAAUAUGGUCCAGUCGAUGGUCCGAAUCGCCCAAAAACAGGACUCCUGGAUCUGUUUGCCACUCAUGACCGUCACCUCGGAACUGCGACAGCUCGCUUGCAUGUACCUGAACAUGAAAAAGGGCCCAGUUACUUUGAAAAACGAUACCCUUCCGUUGGACGAACGACUGGUCGAUGUGCUACAAAAACCGUUCAAGACGUGUCUUACUGACAAGUCCGACACCCUGCAGCGAUCCAAGAAGCUGUAUGUGUAUUUUUUCGCGAACGAGGUGCUCAAAUGCUACUUCAAAUUUGGAAAAUACGAAGCUGCCUCCAAUUUGUCCAAAGUGCUUGCCAAAGCGCCGAACCUGCCCAACCUGGACCAGUCGCCAAAGGCCCAUGUUGUCAAUUUCCACUACUACAACGGUCUUGUGUGUUGUAUGAACGACGAUCUCGAGUCGGUCAACAAACAUCUUACCGCAGCUCUGAAAACUUGUCCCAAAGAAAGUCUCAAACAACAGCAGCUAAUCCUGCUGAUAUUGCUCCCGGUCAAGUUCCUCGUGGAGAAACGACUUCCCGGAACUCAGAUCUGGAAAAGAUACCCGCAAUUGGGCGUGUUUGAGGAGAUAUUCCGUGCCUUGAAAAUUGGACAUCUCGGCUUGUUUGACACCGAACUCGCCAAACUCCAGUCCCUUUUGCUGAAAAAGAAAGUGUACUCGGUGUAUCUACGCAUCCGGCCGUUUGUGGAGCUCAAACUGACCCGCCAGGUGGUCUCGAUCGAGCAGAGCCACCAACUGAAACUGGAAGCUCUGCACCGGGCGUUCGAGAUCAGCGCAGGCCGCAAGUACUCCCUGGACGAGGUGGAGUCGCGUCUGGCCAACCUCGUGGCCCAAGGACUCGCCAAGGGGUACAUUUCGCACAGCAACAGGGUCGCCGUGUUGAGCAAGAAGGAGGCCUUCCCCAAGCUCGUGUCCCAAUUCAAGCUUGAAGGAGACACGAUCAACGACAUUGUGUCGAACGCACGGACCCGUGCGAUUGGCUGGGAUAGCUGUGUGAGGGCAGACUAUUUGACGGUGGAAGAAGCCGACUGUUUGAAGAAAGUGGCUGAUUUCACCGAUGUUCACGAGAAAACCAGCUACAUUUUGAAGAACGCAGACUUCUACUCCACCAAGAUCGUUUCGUUGCUUUCGAAAGCUCCGCAUGACGACAUUGUUCGGUUUGUUCUUGUUUCAUUGAUAGACACGUUGGUGGCUCCAAAGUCCAAUUUUGCCAAAAACAUCCUUAGCAUUUCGCAUCUGGACUCGUCGUUGCCGUACGGACCUUUGGUGAAGCUUGUUGGGUCGAACGACGAGUCGAUCAAGUUGAGCUCUGCAUAUGUUCUGACACUGUUGCUGACGGACGACGGCGAGACGCACGACGGCCAGGAGAAGAUUCUGAAGCCGCUGUUUGAGUUCCUAAGCGUCAAGCUGCUCAGUUCCACGAAACUGGACCUCAAUUUCUUGUCGGUGCAGCUGUUGAAGGAAUUGUUGAGCAUCAAACAGUACAGACAGUAUUUCUGGGCCUAUCACGAGACGUUCUUCCCGCCGCUGCUCAAGGUGUUCAGCGAGAGACGCGGCGAGCUGCAGAUGAAGUACUACGCCACAAUGUCGAUCUGGCUAUUGACAUUCAUUCCGCAGGCCUUGAAGGACAUUGAGACGCAGUACACAGAGCUGAUUGCCACGCUGUACUCUGUUGCCAGGGACGCUGUGAAGGAGAAGAUUGUGCGGCUGAGCGUGAGCUCGUUGCUGAACCUGCUGAGCGUCGAGACCGGCCGCGAGCAGCUCGUGAAGCAAUUUUUGCUAGUCAAGGGUCUGGAGACCACGAAGCAGCUGAUCGAGCGCAAGUGGGCAGACGAGGAGCUCAAGAGCGACCUGGAGACACUGCUGUCGAUCCUCAACGAGGCCGUGACCACGCUGACGACCUUUGACGAGUUCGAGAACGAGCUCAACACAGGCAAGCUGAACUGGUCUCCGUCGCACAAGUCGGAGGAGUUCUGGAUCGAGAACGCGGACAAGUUCAAGGAGAACAACUGGCGGAUUCUGAAGCAGCUGGUGGCGCUUCUGGGCGAGACGUCGGACCCGGAGCAGACGUUUUUGAACCAGGCCAUAGUGUGCUUCGACGUGAGCCAGCUGAUCAAGGUGCUGCCGGAGGUGGUCAAGGUGCUGGACAAGACGGGCGCCAAGGCGGAGAUCAUGACGCUGAUGAGCAGCGCCAACACCAACGUCAAGUUCGAGGCUCUGCGCACGACACAGAAGCUUGUUGCGCACUCGCUGUGA